GGCACGGAGGACGAGGGGGCGCGGGGGAGAGGGUAGAUCGGGCUUUGCACCGAAAAGAAGGACGGGACAUGGAGCAGAGAACGGCAGGUUUGGGGAUCGCUCUGUACCCUGCUUACAUUACAGGUAGUUCCUCGAGUUCGUAAAAGUAGUUCUAGAAGUCGCUCCCCCUUGGCUUCCAGUCACUUUAGGACUAACCCCCAGGCCAGCCUGGCCUAGUAAAAGGAUGACCCCAGCACCAGGAAGCUGAGCGAGGUCAGCGAGAGAGGCCACCCUCCACCGAGCAGCCCACCUGGCGUUUCCAUCCCUGGGAAGUGGGUGCCAGGGCUGGAAGGAAGGUAUCCCAACACUGACUGGGAUCCCAGAGCUGGCUGGGGAUUGGUCCAGCCCCUCCAGGCUGGGCCUGAGUCACUCCGCAGGCGGGAGAGCUGAGAAAGACUGUGCAGGGCCCACAGUCACAAGGGACAUCCUCAGGCUUCAGAAUCCUCCUGCCCACACCCCAACCAGGCAGGCUUUUCUCAGACUCUCAUCCCAUCUGUAUGUAAGGAAAGCAGGCAGCUGAACCCAGAGAACCACAGGGAAUCCCGCCACUUUCGAGUCUUCAUGGCCAACAAGGGGACCAUCCUCAACAUCAGCAGGAACUUGAAAAAUGCCGUCUCUGCCAUCCUCCAGGGAUACGGGGACGGGCAGGGGCCAGUGACAGACACCAGCGCUGAGCUACACAGACUCUGUGGCUGCCUGGAGCUGCUACUGCAGUUUGACCAGAAAGAGCAGAGGAGCUUCCUGGGGGCUCGGAAGGAUUACUGGGACUUCCUGUUCACUGCCCUUCGACGGCAGCGGAGAUACACAGAGCCGAUAAACUUUAUAUGCUCACAGGACAAGCUGAAGACCUCACUGGGAAAAGGCCGUGCCUUUCUCCGACUCUGCCUUGCCCGUGGCCAGCUGGCUGAGUCCAUGCAGCUGUGCCUCCUGAACCCACAACUCACCAGGGAAUGGUAUGGCCCUCGGAGCCCUCUGUUGUGCGCUGAGCUCCAGGAAGACAUCUUGGACUCUCUCUAUGCCCUCAAUGGAGUCGCCUUCAACCUGGACCUGCAGCGACCAGACCUGGAUGAAGCCUGGCCCAUGUUCUCAGAAUCCCGCUGUUCCAGUCCCAGCCAGACCCGGGAAAGAAGACCCAGAAAACCCAAAGGUUUUCCAGAGGAGGUGAGACACUCCAGGGGAGAACAGCUGCAGGGACCAGACCCUGGAGAAACCAGCCGUCUACGAGAUGCAAGCAGAGAAGACCGCCCACCUGACCUCCGUACCCCCUUGCAGCAUAGCCAUCUUCCCACCUCUCUGGAAGAGAAAAGGGGGGAUUCCAGAAGCCUCCAUUGUCCCCAGGGCAUUUGGGAAACAGAAAGGGAAGGAUUGCAGCUAGACCAGGAGGGAGGCCCAAAGACCAGGAAAUUCCUGGAAAACUCAACAGCCAGCAUCCAGCAACAGAGGCUCAGGACUAAGGAUGUUCAAAUGCAGCUGACAGGAAGGAAUGAUGAAGGGAAGGGACGUCUGCCGGGGACAGAAGGUCAGAGAACAACAGGAGGGGUCCAGAAAAGGGCAUCAGACUGGGACCACGACCAGGGGCUGCUGGCCCCCAGCCUCCAGGCACGGGAAGAAGAUGCAGCGUUAGGGAACAGGCUUGGGUGGGAUCAGCCUGGUGCUCUCGGGCAAUCUUGGAUCCUGGGAUCAAAGAAAGGUUCCACCACAGAGAAGCCACCAGAGUGGACAGGAGUGACCAGUGUCACCGUGCAGGAGGAUCCAUCAGAAGUGCCCUUGCAGCAGGAGGACCCCGGGUAUGGGCUGCAGCUGGCAGAGGAACAGGCCCAAUGCCAGGAGCAGCUGCGGGCACAGGAAGAAGAACUUCGGGCACUCCAAGAACAGCUCAGCAGGUGUCAGGAAGAAAGAGCCCUGUUGCAAGAGAUGCUGGAGCAGAAGCAGCAGGAGGCUUCGAGGAGGGACGCCAUGUAUCAGAAGGAGCUUGAAGGGCAGAGGGACCUGGUCCAGGCCAUGAAAAGGAGGGUGUUUGAACUGAUUCAUGAGAAGGACCUCCAAUGGCAGAGACUCCAGCAGCUGUCUGCUGUGGCCCCUGGACACUGCAUGGGAUGUGACAAAGUCUUCCGGCGUCUGUCUCGGCGGUAUCCUUGCAGGAUCUGUGGAGGCCUGGUUUGCCACGCCUGCUCUGUAGACUAUAAGAAGAGGGAACGUUGUUGCCCAGCCUGUGCCCAGCAGGAAGAAAUCCAGGUCACCUGACCAAGAUACCACAAGAAACCUAAGAGCAGCCACCCCACCAGUUCACUCUCUCCAUUUCUCUUCCCAACCCUGAUGUCUGACUACUCUUUUCUUCUGGGAGCUGAUGAGCUGAGGCCCAAGCACUGCUGUGGAGGGUCAGAAGGAAGAGCUGGCAGUCCAGAGAAGCCUAGUGGUGCCUUUCCUGUGGAAGGGGCUAAGCAGAACAUGCCCCACAGCUCUAGAAGCAUUGUGUCUGGUGAGGAAGACAUGCUAUAACCUCUUUGUAAAGUCCCUUGAAACACAGUGACCAUAAGUAAGAACAGCCCAGCGCCCAGCUGUUUCCUAGCCACACUCCCCUCCCCCAUCACCCACAAGAAGUAAAGCCCAAACACACUGGGCUCUUCAGGAACCUCCCCUCUGAUCUCCUUUAGGAAUCAUUGUCUUGUCUUGUGUUUCACAGAUGUCCUGAGGUGCU